AUGCUCAGUUCCUUGGAUCACACGGCUACAGAUGCCCUUCACAACUUCCAGGUUGCCCUGCGGCGCUCGCAGGAGGCUCUGCAACAGGAGGAGGCUCGUUUCAACCAACUCACACAAGCGAUUCAUCAACAACAGGAAGUUAACAGUACACAUCGUGAGUUUAUUCGUGGGCAGCAGCAGCCGCGUCUCGACGCUCUCCAUCGCGAAAUCACUCGCCUUCGGUCGCUGCUCGAUCAACAGCGGGAAGAGGCGGGAUCUCAGCAGAGUCACCUUGAGGCAGUGCGGCGGCCGCGGCGUGAAGGUGAAGCGAGGGACCGGGAACUACGUCGCAAAAUUGAGGGACAGCGACGUGAAUAUUCACGACGUGCUGCGGCUGUGCAGGCUGCGUUAUUGCAGUGGUGGAAUCCGCAGAACAGUUUGGAGAAUUUGUCUGCCGUUGCUGAGCAGCGAGUGUUGGAAGCUGAGGCGCUCCGGUGCCAAGUUGCGGGGUUGCAGACGAGGUUGCAGGACCUCACCGCAACGGUGGUGGGGGAGGCGAAUCAAAACCGCAACGGUGCCGGAACUGACAGCGUAGAAAAGGAGAGUAACACUGACAAUGUUGCAGGUAAGGGAGGCGAGGCAUCUGCCGAAGACCAAUGCGAUGGUGAAGGUUGUGUAGAGUCGCUUCGGCUGCGACUUCGGCAGCAGCAAGAUCAACGUGAGGCUUUUGUGCGGAGCUCAUCGGAGAACAUAUCUUUCCGCCGCAGAGAGUUACAGUCUCUUAAGGCGGACUUGCAGAAACUUUGUGCGGCGGUGGAAACUGCAGACGCCGCCCGACAGGAGGUGCAGCAGAAACUCCGUGGGGCAUUGAAUCAACAGAGUAACACCCGCGUGGUGUGCUGCCGGUGUGGACUAGAUGUUGUUGGUUCGUUUGUUGCUUGA